GAGGGUUACAUACAUAACCGAGAUGUUUUCUAGGCUUGGUGAUACUGAAAAUUAUUUAGCACUGGUGUUGUGAAUUUGCUUAGUACUUCAUGGAAUUACACAUUUGUUUGUUAGACUAUGUAUCAUGAGUUGUUAUCGCUUUGUGUUCAUGCCUGAACAAACUUUCAGAUAUGUUACUGAACUAACAGAGUGCAUCAAGGUCAAAUCAUCAGAUGAGGAUACCAAUGAUUCAAGCGAGUUUGUGAAAUUCUUCCCUAGUUUCAUCUGGGCAGUGAGGGAUUUUACACUGAAGCUAAAGAUCGACGGCAAAGAUGUAACAGGGAAUGAGUACCUAGAGUUUGCUCUAAAGCUGAAAACUGGCACUGGAAGAAAAGAGAAUGACUACAACUUGCCCAGGGAGUGCAUCAAAAAGUUCUUCCCUUCCAGGAUGUGCAUCACAUUCCCCUUACCAACUACUACAGAAGAUUUGUCUUGUCUGGACAGCUUAAAACCUGCUGACCUUUCCAAUGAGUUCCUGAAGGUCACAGAUAAUUUCUGCAAGUUUGUCUUUCAAGACAGUAAUGUGAAGAAGCUGAAAGAUGGAAUCCCUGUCACUGGCAGAGUUCUGGGUAAUUUGGCAAAAACAUACGUGGACACCAUCUCCAGUGGGGCUGUGCCAUGUCUGGAGAAUGCUGUGAUUGCCAUGGCAAUGAUUGAGAAUGAGGCUGCAGAGAAGGAGGGGCUUGAGGUUUACCAGAGUGGAAUGGAGAAGCUGAAGGACUCCUUCCCUCUGGAACAGAAGGAUGUGUCCUCAGAACACCAACGUCUCAGCUGCAUGGCAACACAAACCUUCAUGAAGCGUUCCUUCAAGGACACUGACGGGAAGAACCUGAAAUCUCUAGAGGAAAACAUUAAUGAACUCUUUGAUGAAUACCUGUGUCAAAACAAGCAAGCUUCAAAGAGACGAUGUGAGGAUGUCUUAUCAUCCCUCUCUGCACCAAUGGUGAAAAAUCUCAAGCAGGGCUACUAUGCCAAACCUGGCGGCUAUGGUCUCUUCAGCAAGGAUCUGGUGGACAUAGUGAAGAAAUAUAACAGCCAGACCAAUAAAGAAGUCAAGGCUGUAGAGGUCCGAGAGGAGUUUCUGAAGCAGAAGUCUGUGGAUUCUAAAGCCAUUCUGCAGGCCGACGAGAAACUGACUGAGAAGGAUAAAAAGAUUAUGCAGCAAAAAGAGGAAAAAGCCCUCCUGAAGCAGGAAGUCAAAGCUAAAGAUAAGAAGCAGCAACAACUAGAAGAGAAGAUGGAAACAGAGAGACAGACUAACGAAGAGAGGAUGAGACAGAUGAAGGAGAAGAUGAAAGAGGAGAUGAAGCUCCAGAGAGAGGAGGCUGAUCGUGCCAUGGACAGCAAACUAAGGGAGCAGGCUGAUCUGUUGGAGAAGGGCUUUAAGGAGAAGGCAGACAGGAUGAGCCAGGAGAUAGAAGAGUUCAAGAGACGGAAUGAUGAAGCCCAGAUUAUCAAAGCUAAAGAGUUUGCAGCAAUUUUAGACAACUCAAACAGGAGACAUGAGGAGACUAUGGCUAUGAUGAUGCGGCACCACGAAGAAAGGAUGGAGGCCAUACUGCAAAGCUGAAGAUCUCGCCUUGUGACAGGCCAGGUUUGCACCAUUCAUCUUCGCUGAUCAUACUCAAGUCAUUGUCUGAGGGAUAAAACCCACACACCGUGGCAAACAGGAGGAUCCCUAGUGACCACACUGUCGCCGGCUUUGCAUGGUAACCACCAUUGACGUGGUAUGCCGGUGGACAGUACACUCUUGUGCCUGGAAAGAGAUUUAUGUUUAAUACUUUACCACAGCAUGUUGACUAUACAUAGGAUGUGUUUCGGUGAGCUAAUUAAUGGUUCAUAAUACAUACCACGGAAGGCCACAUAGGCAGACUCCUUCAUGAGCUCACCGCACCCAAAGUCAAUCAGUUUGGCUUCCAAGGUGUCAUGGUUUAUCAGCACGUUCUCCAGUUUUAUGUCUUGAUGGAAGACUCACAGCAAACGUUAGCAGAGUGAAUGACCUGCUGCAUAACGUGCCUUGCUGUCCUCUCAUCGAGACUUCCUCCUCGAAGCUUCAUGAAGCUUAACAUGUUCGUGCAUGGGAUGGUGCUGAAAACGCGCUCGGAUGGUACAGGUACUUUCGUGCCACUCGCGACAUCUGAGGAAAACGCCCGGCAGCAUUUUUCCACCAGAGAAGUGGGUCCUCGUCUCCUUGAGUAACUGGCUCCAAACAGUAGGCUGUUAUUUCAGCUCUGACUCGGUCCUCUACGGUGCGGAUGCCAAACGGGACCUGCCAUUGCAUCGGCUUUUUUUUGCAGCAUACUUCCCAGAGUCAUCUUUUUUCGCGAGGGCUCGGGUUGCGCCUCUCCCUCUUCCACUCUGAUGGCCACUGAGCUCACGAUCUCAGCCUGUAAUUCAGCCUUUGUCUCAGCCAAUGCGUUGUCAUCCGUUUCAUAUCCUCCACGGUAACGAGGGUCAAGGAAAGUGCAUUUUCGUAUUAUUUUACGCACUGAAUCGGAUUCAUACUUGGCCUCCAGCUUUGUUAGAAUUCCAGUUUUUAUUGACUUUAUUAGCUGGGGGUCAUUUUCUGACGCAGCCAACACAUUGUCCCUGCAGAGCUGUAGUAUGGGGAGGAUACAGGAACUGGUCACAUAAUUUUCUCCUGACAAAAUAUCAGUGAAGUCACCGACUGGUUUCAGUGCUUCGUGAACAGCUUUCAAGAUGUCCAUGUCCUGCCAGGUCAGGGACAGGCUGCUCCUUCUGUCAUCAGACAGGACGUGUCUGAUCGCUUGGGCUUGCUCGAGGAUGCGCUCCACCAUUGCCAGUUUGGAGCCCCAGCGAGUUGCGCAGUCCUGCCGAUGGAUGGAUGGAUGAAUUAAUUAAUGAAUGAUGAAUAAACGAUUAAAUGAAUAGGCCUAAAUAAACAAAUGAAUGAAUAAAUAGGCAUAAAUAAACGAAUGAAUGAAUUAAUGAAUAGGCCUAAAUAAACGAAACUCAUUUAUUUAGGCCUAUUUAUUCAUUUGUUCGUUUAACGAAUGGUGCGUUGAAACGGUGGUGCGUUGAACUUUGGUUGAACACCCUGUUCUGAUGACACAUGAGUUGCAACUAUGGCAGCUGAGAAGGCCAUUCUUUGUGUUCUUUUUGAAGAAUUUUCAGAGCCUGAUUAAAUCGGUAUAAAUAGAUGUUCAAUACUACAAAAUACACUCGAUGUUACAGUCACUGCCUUUGCCGUCCGGAAUAAAAGAGAGCAUCCCAAUUGAGUGAAGAGAUUUGUGGAAACUUCUAAUUAUUGAGAUACAACAUUUGCCUUGCAUUUCAGCAUGAAAAGACAAACAUUUCAGGUGAAGGAUAAUCUUACCUCCGAGACUGUGUUAUGAUCUAUAUUAUUUUUAUUGUUUGUAUUAGGCUUAUCAUUAUUGCUGAUCACUGUUGUUGUGCUUUGAUAUUGUAAUAUUUACCAUUAUAUAACCAGAGGAGUAUAGAAAAGUUUAUUAAAGUGUCACUUCACAAUACAAUAGCAAAAUAUAUAAGUAUAGUAUUUUUGUUACAUUAAUACCCAUUGUGCGGGCUGUCUCUUUAAUACCGCGUGGUUUAUAUACAUCUUGCCGCUUAUUGGGCUGGCAUUUCCCACCAAACAAGAGAAAACGUAUCUCAAACCCGUUGCACACCGUUUCCAGGAAACAUGUCGUUCAACCCGGAAACCGCAGCAAAACGUUGCGCACCGGUUUGAGCUUGAACGUGCCCCAGGCUAAAAUUUCCCCAUGGGGAUUAAUAAAGUUUCUCAGUAUUAAAUGUUAAAAAUAAUAGCUUUCAAUUAUACUGUAAUGUUGAAUGGCUAUAAUUAGCGGCUAAAUUGAGGAAAACAUUCAUAGUGCUUAGUAAUAAUAUGCCAUUAAACAAAUAUUUAAAAUCAACUGUCUUUAUGUUGUUUUUACAUUUUUUUGGAGAUUAAAUGAGAAAGUAAUACAAUGACACGUAUAUUAAAAAUGACAAAUUCAUUGAAAACUUUAAUGUUAGGUGCGAUUUAAUUACAGAAAAAUGUGUGAUUUAAUUAUUUUUCUUCAAUUGACAUUACUUUCCAUGGCAAAUGUAUGUUGUUGUACAAUCUCUCCACGAUGUGAUUGAGACAAAACUAAUAAAUGAGUUUGAUUGAAUGAA